AUGCCCAUUGGCAGCCGCGGGGUGGCAGGCCUGCGGCUGGAAGACACCCCCAUAUCUGAGGACGUGCUGUUCCAAGUCAAGCCGCCGCAGGGCAUGAGCCAUUCCGCAAAAUCGCCGCAGGCACCGGGCCGCCUGUUGACACACGAGGACAUCAGCGAGAGGCUGGAGGGCCGCCAGGCCGAGCUGUUCUGGCCGGACGACAACCUGUGGUACCUGAUGCAGAUUCACAGGGUGGACGUGCAGGCCCACUCCGCCCAGAUCAUCUACACCACGGGAGAGACGGAGAUCCUGAACCUGGACGAAAUCGUGCAGGAGGGCCACAUGUCGCUCAUCACGCUAGACGCAAGGUGA